AUGUCGUCCACCCCGUCGUAUCGCCAGGAGCUGCGUGUGGCAGAGCUGGCCGUCCAGCGGGCGUCUCUCCUCACCCAGAAGGUCGCGCAGCUAAAGGCCAAGGGUACCCUGUCCAAGGACGAUACCUCCCCGGUGACCAUCGGCGACUUCGGCGCCCAGGCCCUCAUCAUCCAGGCUAUCAAGAAGAACUUCCCCGAUGACGAGAUCGUGGCCGAGGAGGAGGCGAGCUCGCUGAGGGAGAACAAGGCUCUGAGCAGCCAGAUCUGGGAGCUCGUCAAGGAGACCCGUCUCAACGAUACCGAGAGUGAUUGGCUCGUCGGCGGUCAGAUGCCCAGUGAAGAGGUCUUCCUCGACACCCUCGACAGCGGCAAGAGUGCCGGUGGCCCCAAGGGCAGGAUAUGGGCCCUCGACCCCAUCGACGGCACCAAGGGCUUCCUCCGUGGCGAGCAGUAUGCCGUCUGCCUCGGCCUCAUCGUCGACGGUGACCUCAAGGUCGGAGCCAUCGGCUGCCCCAACCUCCCAGUCUCUGACGCUGCCCUCACCCCCACAGUCGGCCAGUCUGGCUCUGACGGCAUUGAAAUCGGUGUUCUCUUCGGUACCGUCAAGGGUGCCGGUUCCACCAGCCGCAAGCUCGGUGACGGUGCUCUCCUCCCCAGCAAGCCCAUCUCCAUGAGACCUGUCCCCAACAUCGCCGAUGCCUGCUUCUGCGAGAGCGUGGAGUCCGGCCACUCUGCCCAAGGUGACAAUGCCGAAGUCGCCAAGCUGCUCGGCAUCACCAACCCAAGCAUCCGUCUCGACUCGCAGGCCAAGUACUGCUCCAUCGCCAGAGGCGCCGGAGACAUCUACCUCCGUCUGCCCACUCGUCCCGACUACCAGGAGAAGAUCUGGGAUCACGCCGCCGGAGACUUGCUUGUGCGUGAGGCAGGCGGUGAGGUCACUGACAUCCACGGCAAGAGACUCGAUUUCAGCAUCGGCCGCACCCUCAAGGACAACAAGGGUGUCGUUGCCGCCCCUGCAACCAUCCACGCACAGGUCAUCGAGGCCGUCAAGGCCAUGUACGCUGCCAAGGCAUAG